UUGAUCAUCUCCCCGCCUGUUGUCACAGAAUAAGGACACACAGAAUGAAGCUGCCGCCACUCCAGGCCCUGGUAUGGUUCACGUUGAUCAGUUUUGCCACAAACUGCGGCGCCACUGGUAAAAUCGAAGCAGAAUGCAGAAAUAAGUCAGCCUGCAAGAGCCGAAAAUUCCCCAUUGUCCAGGUCCACGACCCAGUUACCAACCAGACCAUCAACAAAUUCAACGACUCCGCGAUGGUGCACCUUAGAGGUAAAGUCACCACGGUGGUGAUACCUUCCUUUUUCGUGGUGGUCUUCGCAAUCGGUCUCCCGGCCAACGGACUGGCUCUGUGGAUCCUCGCCACCAGAGUCAAGCGGCUCCCCAGCACCCUCCUACUCAUGAACCUGGCCGUCGCCGACCUGCUGGUGCUCCUCGGCCUCCCUUGGAGAAUCGCCUACCACCUGCUGGGCAACGACUGGCCGUUCGGCGAAGCCUUCUGCCGCGUCUCCAGCGCCAUCCUCUACGGCAACGUCUACAGCUCCAUCCUGUUCCUGACCUGCAUCGGCGCCGACCGAUACCUGGCCAUCGUCCACCCCUUCUUCUCGAAGGAGGUCCGCAAUAAGAGGAACGCCCUCUGCCUGUGCGGGGCCGUCUGGUUGCUGCUGGUCCUUGGCAUGGUCCCUCUCUACACCACCCAGCUGUCACAUCGGAUCCACACUCUCAACAUCACCACAUGCUACGAUAGCUUACUACCGGACCAGCGGAGGGCCCACUACCCCUAUCUCAUCGGCACGGUGGUGAUCGGCUUCAUGGCCCCCUGUCUAAUCGUUGUCUUCUGUUACGUCUCUAUCAUCGCCACGUUGCUUAUGAAUGAACAGAGGUACGGCCACGCAGUUGUGGCCACUCUGCUGGUCCUGCUGGUCUUCCUGGUGUGUCUGGUCCCCUAUAACGUCGCCCUGUUGGUCCAGAGCUACAACUGGAGCAGCGAUGUCUAUUAUUACGCCAUGAUCUGCCUGGUGGUUAGCACCUUCAGCAACUGCAUCGACCCCUUCAUCUACUACUACAUCUCCGAGGAGUUUAGGAACAAAUUGAAAAGUAUGAUUUCCGCCUAUAUGAGUGAGACGGGCUCCGGGAAGUCGGACCAGAGCACGGUGCGGAGCAGCACUCACUCACAGCCCAAACCUCCGCUGCUGGUGUAGUAGGUACCGCCGGUUGGUUCUGUCGGUAAACACAGUGGCGCAGCAGUAGAGUCGACUGUACGAGGUAAUUCACGAG